UCUUUGAAGAAUGAGGUUGUCCAACUGAUAAUAUAUAAAUAAUCGCAAUCGCCCCAACUUCUUUUGCCGCUAGAGGGAAGGGAAAGCUAGAAAGAUUCUCUUUAUAUCUUGCCCACUUUCAUUCUUUUCAAUUCACGCCCUCAAUUUUCUUUAUUCUCUACCUGCUGCCUGCUUUCGAUCCUGUACAGCUUGCCGACGACUAUCGACGACACUAGAGCCGUACAGGUAUUUAAUAGUAAUUUCAAGAAAGAAACUCAGGGGGGAUAUCAAAUUCAUCUCUUUCAUGUUUUCUUCCGGUUAUACUGAUAUGGAAUAUCAAAUUCAUCAACUUGAGCAAGAAGCUUACAGUGCUGUUCUUCGGGCUUUCAAGGCACAGGCUGAUGCCAUAUCAUGGGACAAGGAAGGCUUGAUAACUGAACUGAGGAAAGAGCUCAGAGUUUCUGAUGAUGAACACAGGGAGCUGCUAGGCAGAGUUAAUGCUGACGAAAUCCUCCAUAGAAUAAGGGAGUGGAGAAAAGCUGACGAGCAGCAGAAUGGAUCCAUGCCUCGUGCUGUUCCGGAGUUAUUAUCAAGCCCAACAGUUUCAGCAUCACGCAAGAAACAAAAGACUUUUGGGAGGACAUCUCGAGGAUUACAUAAUCAGUCUGUCAUUUCGAUGCAGCAAAUAUCACCUACAGUUUCAAAGCAUGGUCCUAUACUAGGAAAUGGGGGUCGAAGGCCUAGUAGACCUUCUAUGCACCAGCCUCCUAAUGGAUCUGCAGGGAAUGUGCAGUUCCCAAACCGUGGAUAUUCAGGUGCAGUUGGGAGAAGCGAGGCCACAGAAGCAGGAGCUCGUGAUCCAUUCAUUGGGAAAAGGUUGAUGACGAGGUGGCCUACAGAUAACAACUUCUAUGAAGCUGUCAUAAGAGCCUACAGACCUGCGGAGGGUCGGCAUGGUCUGGUUUAUGAUGAAGGCUUACCAAACGAGAGUUGGGAAUGGGUCAAUCUCAAGGAGAUUUUACCCGAGGACAUUAGGUGGAUUGGUGAAGACCCAGGACUAUCCAUUAGGGGUAGGGAGGAAGGGAUGCCAGGUGUGAAUGGCCGGGGAAAUAAUGAAAUAGAAAUACUUGACACAGAUACCCUUAUACAGGAGGUUGAAAAGGUUCUUACUUUGAGUCAUCCUAAUAUGUUUGUGAUCGAGAAUGCAAAGAGAAUGCUUAAGGAACACGAGCAGUCGUUAAUGGAGGUGAUAGAAAAACUAACUUAUUCAUCCGACAGCGAAAGUGAUGGCGGGGAGGAAGAACAGCAGCAACAACAUAUGGCACAUGGGCAAACAAGGAAUGGGGAAUGGUGCAAUGAAGAGAAGGAUAGGUGAUGAUGAUCGGGUUUGUGUUGUUUUGUUAGGUAACCUCAACCUUUGUAGACGGCAGUUGGGGUUUGGGAUGAAUUUCUACCCCCACCAUUUGAUUCGACGAUAUGCCUGGUCUUUUUCUUUUUUACGUCUAUCUGAGAUGUAAGAUAUUGUUGUAUUUCGAAAAUUUUACUAUUUUCUGUCUCUGCCCUUAGUUAAAUUUGUCAACAUAGUUUGUGAUUAUUCUUACUAUUCUAAUUGUUUUUUUUUUGUUUCUUUCAUAAACAGAAUAUAUACUUCAUUUGUCUUAA